UGCCUUAAUACAUUUCUAUUGAUGUCACACAGUUGGGUAUUCUCAAUAUUAUCUCACUAUAAGGUUGUUGUGAUAUGUAAGUUUGGAGUUGGGCAAUCUUACGCAAUUCUAUUGCAUUACUAGCUGUUGAUAAAAUAUGUAUUUAUGUCGGCCGAACUCGCGGGGGCAAGAAGACGGAUGCACAGGUCUAUUGAAAACAGCGCACGCCACGGAGGAGACGGGAACAGAGAGGAGGGUGCAUAAGCUACACUAAAUACGUUCCCUUUAAACAGGGGACACGGCGGCGGGGGAUAGAUAGAGAGGGGAGAGGAGAAGAGAUUUAAAAAAAUAAAAGGAAGAAAGACAGCGAGGGUGGGAGGGAGAGAGAAAUAGAAAAAAAAAAAGAAAGAUGUCGUCCUCUCGUUUGAAAAGCCGAGGCGAAGCUUUGGAUUGCGGCCGAUCGGGGACUCUCUAGUUAGGGACACGAUUUUACGCAACACCGAGGCUUUGGAAUUCACCACCGCUUUGGCCUCUCGGAGCUAUCGAAAUAAAUAACUCUUCGUCCACGUAUUUACAAACAACUGCGGACUUAUUAUUAUUACUUUUUAUACAUUUUUCGUUAUUUGUAAUAACCAAAUUUUGCAUGGAUUUGAGAAUAGGAUUUAAUCUUAGGCUAUAAUAUAAAUAUACAAUGUAAAUUGCAUUGUAAAUGCAUCAUUAAAAGCAUGCAUCAACCAUUUUGUCGCAUUUUAGUUAUAAUAUCAUGUUGCAUCCUUUCGUCCCACACCAUAUAACAUUUUAGUUGAACAUUAUCAUUACUGUCAUAUAUUGUCAUAUAGCUGACAGCCUUUCAAAAUUGAUCAUUCAUCUUCAAUAAUAAUUUAUGCUAUUGAAUGCACCGCGAUUUAAACUUUCCCCCGGAGAUAUUCACCUUUGAUAUUUGAAACUGCAGAGAGGAACUAGGUAGACUGCAGACAUUAUAGCAGGCGGAGUGAUUCAUCAGUUGGCCCCAGCCUAUGGUUGGUUGGCCCCUAAGUCUCAGGCGGAUAUAUAUUUCUAGUUUUGACUCUUGGACUAAAAGUAUCUGACAUCAUCCUGCUUCAAAAUGGAUUCUUCUUGGAGUAACUUUCUGUUUCAGACUCCGCCCUCACAGACCCAAUCCGAGACAGCCCUCCAAUCAGAGCUGCUUCCGGACAUGACUGGCUCCGCCCAGAACCCCCCUACAGAGCACAUAGCCCCGCCCCCAUCCACAGUGGACACAGCCGCCCUGAAUGAAGAGCCUUUACCUGAGAAGGCCGUCUCCAAGCCUGGCCGGCCGACACACAUCUGCGCCACAUGUAACAAGCAGUUUAAGAACAACUACAACCUCCGGCGCCAUCAGUCGGUGCACACUGGCAUCAAAAUGAAGGACAGAGCAGCCAGAGAGAGGGAGGACGGGAGCAAGGGAGGAGGAGGAGGGGGGCGGCAAACAAUCCCUCUCUCCCUCCUCCACCUCUCUCUGCCCUCUCAUCCUCCUCCCGCAGAAUCCCUCCCCCAACCCUCCCCACUCGGAAACCAGGAGAGCCAACCUGUUGCGGUGUCCAUCGCCCCAGCGACCGUCACCAUGGCUGCGCCCCAGGUGCUCCAAGCUGCAGUUGUGGUUGCCGGGACAAUGGUACAGAACCAGAACCAGGGGCCUCAACCCUACCCCAACCCUAGCCCCAACCAGGUGAGGAAGAACCAUGCAUGUGAGGCCUGUGGGAAGGCCUUCCGAGACGUGUACCACCUGAACCGCCACCGGCUUUCCCACUCGGACGAAAAGCCCUACCACUGCCCCAUCUGCCAGCAGCGCUUCAAGAGGAAAGACCGCAUGAGCUACCAUGUACGCUCACACCAAGGAGGGGUGGAGAAACCUUACGUCUGCCCCCACUGCGCCAAGGGAUUCUCACGACCCGACCACCUCAACAGUCACGUCAGACAGGUGCACUCCACUGAGAGACCCUUCAAGUGCCCGACCUGCACGUCUGCCUUCGCCACUCGGGACCGUCUCCGUGCCCACCUGAUUCGCCACGAGGAGAAGGUGCCGUGCCACAUCUGUGGCAAGCUCCUCUCUGCCGCCUACAUCACCGAUCAUAUGAGGGUCCACAACCAAUCACAGCACCACGCCUGCCACCUGUGCAACCGCAGCUUCACCACCCUCACCUAUCUGCGUGUCCACGCUCAGAAACAUCACGGCCAGGAGUGGAAGGAGAGCGGCGGGACGCGGGGCAUGUUCGGCGGGGCCGGUGCUGGCGGGGUGCUGCUGUGCCAACUGUGUGGGGUGCAGUGCAAGACACCCACCCAGCUCCAGGGCCACAUGGGCACCCACGCCGUCACCCAGGUCCAGGGCGCCCCCAGCCCCAGCAGUAGCCCCGCGGGGACCGGUACCAUGGCUGUGGCCGUGUCUCUGUCAGGCAGCUCAACCGUGGGCCUGCUGGUCACUGACUGCUCCAGCAUCGCCCCCCAGCCUCUCAGCUAGCAGCCAGGCCCAUUGGAGAGAGGGAGGGGGAAGGGGGAGAGGGGAUGGAGGUAAAUGGAUGCCGUGGAGACUGCAGUCAGGACAGCUUGAAAGAGGAGUGGAUGUGGCUCGGGGUGAAAUUUAUCCUAAGUACAGAUGUACUGUAGGAUCAGUUUCCCCUCCCCCAAUCCUAACCAUUAAUGGGGAAAGUUAAAUACUGGCCCCGGAUCAGCAUAUAGGGGCAUUCACCCCCCAGGGCCCCAUUUCUUUUUUUACCUUUAUUUUACUAGGCAAGUCAGUUAAGAACAAAAUCUUAUUUUACAAUGACGGCCUACCCCGACCAAACCCUAACCCAGGCAACACUGGGCCAAUUGUGGGCCGCCCUAUGGAACUCCCAAUCACAGCUGGUUGUGAUACAGCCUGGAAUCAAACCAGGGUCAGUAGGACUGAGAUGCAGUGUCUUAGACCGCUGCGCCACUUGGGAGCCCUUUGUAUUCGAUCCUAUUUAAGAUGUUGCUGUUGUUUACGCAACAGUCACUUUAUCAACUGCCAUUGGUGGACACGAGAGAGAAGAGGAAAGGAGAGAUCGUGGAAUCCCCUUUUUUUUAAAUGAAAUUCUACUGAACGAAAGAGAACGUUUUCCGGUUCAAUAUGCCACUUUUCCAUUCACAUAGAACCCAAACUCCCAUAACGAUGUUUGGGAUUUUACAAAUGCAUCACUAUUUAUUUUCUUUGGAAAUAUUGAUUAUACAGUAUAUGAUCACCCAGACGUAGUUUGAGCUGUGGUCCUACAUUGGCUUUUUGCUUUUUAAGAUGAACAGUAUUCGCAAGAAAGGACUGUUGCCUUUUCAACAGAAACAUGUCAUCACCAUGUAACUUUACCCUAUCACUUAUAGACAGAUAGCAUCAAAUGGGUAUUUAUUUGUCUGUAUAUUUGGCUACUGAAUGCUCGUCUUUCUUUGCUUCCUAUGAUCUUGUUGUUAUUAUUCUGGAUGCUCUGAUUUUUAAUUCUCUCAAAGUUGAAUUGGUCUGAAAAGUAUUUGUACUUUUGUGACACGUUUUUGUGAGAUUGCAUUCUAGACUGUUCUUCUGUUGAUUUAGAAUCUCCUCUGUUAAUGUCACUGUAUUAAAGCAGUAGUAUGUAUAACCUA